ACCCGGCGUAACGAAUUUUCUGGCACCUGUUACAAUUUUCCAGCCCGCUCAAAAAUAGAACAGCUGGACAAAACACGAUCGCCGAAAUUGAACCGUCUCAGUCUUGCGAUAUUUUUCAUGUGCAACCCGACCACACGUUGUCUCGACGGAUUUUCACGGGAAAAUCGCGGAAAAACGGGGGAAAUGUGCAACCAACAGUUCGUGCUCCGAUGGCACUAUCACCAAUCGACUAUAUUAGGGAACCUGCCGAUGCUCUUAGAGACGGACAUGUUAACAGACAUCACGAUAUCCGUGGACCAGGAGACGGUGAAGGCGCACAAGGUGGUUCUGGCGCUCUGCAGCACGUAUUUCUUCCAGUUGUUUCAGAAUAUGGAUAGCGUUCAGAACCCAGUUAUCGUCCUGCACAACGUAAGCGCCGAUGACAUAAGGGCAGUUCUCCAAUUCAUUUACAAGGGACAAUGUGUGGUUACUAGAGAGCAACUACCAAGCUUGCUCUCUGUGGCGAAACUACUCAAAAUCCAAGGUUUAUGUGAUAUGAAAGUACCUGAAAAUAGCAUAGAUAGUAGUUCGGAUAAAAACUCUACCGAUGAACCGGUGAAUCUAGAAGAAACUUUACCAACCGCCACAACUGAAAGAGAAGACACCCCAAAGCACGUAUCAAAAGUGGAAAUACUACCUACCGAACGAGAUUCUCCGACGCCGAAUUUGAAGAAAAAUUCUUUAACGACCAGUAGCUGCAGUACGCUUUGGGAGACUUCGAUUUUAGAUAAACUAUCACCCAAAAUACCUAGAAAAUCCAACAAGGACUUAUCAGAGAGUUGCAAAUGUUUUCUGUGUGGUAAAUACUUAAGCAACCAGUACAACUUGAGAGUACACAUUGAAACACACGAAGAGGCCUAUUACGCUUGCCAAUCAUGUCCCCACGUUUCGAGGAGUAGAGAUGCCUUGAGAAAACACGUUUCGUACAGACAUCCUCAAGAUUAUCACAGUAGAAAACGUAAAAAAAUGCAGCAUGAUACAUAUUGAAUCGAAUUAUGUAAUAAAUCAUUUUCUCUA